AUGACAAACAAACUCAACGCUGGAAACAAAACAACGCAUGACAGUAAUUCCGCUAAACUUGAAACAAUCACUCAGCCUCGCUUCCUCUUCUUCCAUUACGCACAUCCUAAUCUGCCCCACGAUCGACAGGAGAGAAUGACGCUCGAUCCUGGUACAGGACCGUUAUCGUUAUUUACCGCUACGUACCACUAUCAAGAUCUUGUGGAAUAUAAAAAUAAAAAUAAAAAAUUGAUAGAUACCAAGUGGGAAUCGACUUAUGCACAAACUCCCGUGUUGUAUGCAGCUGAACCUCGUAUCAAUGGGUUCUAG